ACACACAAUAUAGUAUAAUAAUGCGUGUUGUACUAUAUAUGAAAUACGAGGUGUUCGUAAGGUUCCGGACACCUUGACGUAUUGAUCCACAUAGGCGCAAUCAAAUUUGGCAUCUGCGAGUACCCACCCGGAAUUUAAACACCAACAAAAGUGCGAAAAUAGGUAUAUUAAACAUUUUUAAAGUUAAGACGACAUUCUGCGGUCGGUCGGUCGCAUAUAUUUCUAAUACGAUAUAAUUAUUUACAGGGCAAAAUUACCAAUUUGAAAGUAAAAUAUCAAAAACAACAACCACCGACGAGAGAGAUCGAGAUAAUGCGUUAAAUAGUAUUUUUGAAUUUAAAUUUGAAAAAAAAAACGGUAUUUUGGAACCGAGGAAUAAGUAAAUUACCGUGUCUCAUGCAGUAACAGUGGGAAAUUUAAAUAACAUAUACUGAAAGGGGAUGAGGGCGAAGCAUAUAGGUAUAAUGGCAUUGGUGUGUUGGACUCAGACGGCGACGAAUGAAUCCUAUGAAUGCUAUUUAUAUUUGCAUUUUUAUUUUUUUUUAUUAAUUUUGAACUGAUUGCAAAGUUGUCCAUGCUAACGCGGAUCAGACUUCAGCCCCCCGCAACGGCGUAUGCCUCACACACGCACGCCGCGUGAUCUUCGCGACACCCUGUAUACAGCGUGAUACCCGCGCGCACGCACUACGCACACGCACGCCGAAACACACGCGUCGCCGGCGGCGUUGCACCGCCGUGACGCGCAUUGCCGAAAAGCGCGUGCACCGCCGCACCAAAAAGCGCGUGCACCGCCACCGAUUACUACUGGCCCGUGGCGUGCACCGGCGGACUCGCGCGCACAACGUCCCGACGGGCGACGACGGUGAAUCGUCGUGUGCAGCGGCGGCCAGGCGCCGGUGGACGACGGUGUGAAAAUCCGAAAGCCGUCAAGUCGGUAGCCGGCAGCUGACAAACGAUCGCGGACGGAUUUCGACGAUGAUCGUCGUCGUCGCGGUCAAUCGUCACUGUCAAAAGAGUCGUUCCGUCGGACUGGUGCGUCGUUGUCUCCUCGGAGUCUGCAGUUAAAGGAACAUUUUAUACGUCAGCUUAAGAUUUUCAAGUUUAAAUAUUAACUGUUUGCAGUGCAUCUCGCCGGCUAUAUAGAGCACAUAUUAUACGAUAUCGUUUUGUCUUAUGCAAUUUGUCGUUACACAACACACGAAAUGCCAAACUAUAGUGUUGUGCGGCGCCGUCAGUUUUCGUCGCAGUCGUUAUGUUUGGCGUUUGACGUUUAGCCGUUCAUAGUAUCGACACGCACGACAUGGACGUCUUCUCGAAGGCUGGACUGUUUCCGAAAAAACACCAUCGCUGCAUAUCGUUGGAAAGCGGCCAAUCUUCGACUAAAAAAUCAUGUCUGCAAAAAACGCCGUCAGACCCGCCGAGAUUUUUUCCGCGGCGGUACUCGACGCCGGAGUUGGCGAUGAGAAGACACGCGCUCAGAUAUCAACAACGCGAUGACGACGUCCCGCCCGGACAGCCGAUAUCAAACAAAUCGUGUCAGACCGACAUCUUAGGAUUGGACAAAUACUUGCAAAGGCCGACCGGUAACGAGAGCUCGCAAAACGAGUCUGAUGCAGUUAGCUCGGAAGCAACGGUGGCGGCGUUGAGGACGUACAAAAAGCCGUCGAAAAGGCCGAAGGUCCGGUCGGUGGCGGUACACUGCGAGCGGAGGAGACUGUCGUUCGCGGCGCUCAAAGGCUGCCAAAAGUUCAAGCACGUGUACAAGCGCAAGAUAUCGUUACCCCAACCGUCGUCGGCUACCACCUCGACGGACGACGGACGGCGCCGGGACAGCAGAGUAUUGCCGAAACUGUGGCCAGACCGGACAACGGAAACGGAAAGACCGGUGGCCGCCAACAAAGUCAGCGAGGCCGUCAAACUGCCCAAGAUACCGACAAGGGAUGCGCGACCGGAAGCGGAAAGGCCCGACGACGGUGGUGGCGUAAGGACGAGACUGGCUAGACUGACCAGGCCACAGUCGACGGGCAGUAGUGGCGACGGGAGUGGUGACCGGAAACUGGCGGCUGCGUAUUUCCGGGCCAAAUCAGCUCCGAAAAUCUACUCGCCACGAUUUCAUGCCACAGUGCCACAGCCAUCGGACCGCAGACCACUGCAAUCUACGCCCGGGAUCAGCGACACGGCCGAUACCACGCUCGAUAUAACGUUCGGCCGACGACAGCCCGUUGACGCCACGUCGACGAUGACGGACACCGCGGCGUCUGGCACUAGGACAGUGUCCACGUCCACGUCCACAACAUUCACCGAACCCGGUUUCCCGAUAGUGUUCAGCUGCGAGAGUGUUCUCCGGCACCCGUUGGAUGGGGGUUACGUGUCACACACCGAGAGCCACCGAUUCAGCGUGCACUACGUGUCAGCCGACUCUGCCCGGUCAUCGGUGACGGCCACGUCAGACACCGAUCGAGACACCGGCCCGUCAUUGGUGUUCACAUCAGCUGGUGCGUGCCAAAACGAACGGUGCCUAACCGGUGAAUCAGUGUCCGUCACGCUAGGCAGCAAAUCGAACGGCCAGGCGGCGUCCACGUCCACUACUGGCGUGACUGGCGAACGGCGUCUGGUCGUCGAACGCUGUACCGACGUACGUCGGUCGAAGGACGACGUGGUGGCCGACCAUGGUACAGGCAAUACGGCAACUAACCACGAUACCAUCGAGGCGGCCACCAACCAAGGUAACAUUGCGAUGGUUACUGACCACCGAACCAGCGAGACGGCCACCAACAAAGGUACCAUUGAGACAGCCACCAACCAAGGUAACAUUGAGACGGCUACCGACCUCCGAACCAGCGAGACGGCCAACAACCACCGAACCUGUGAGACGGCUACUGAUAGUGGAACCUGCGAGAUGACGGCCACCGACGACGACGACCAAACCGCUAGUGAACCACCACUGACACCACCGUCACCACCGUCGACCUCGUCUCUGUCAUCGCCUUCGUCGGUCCGAUACUGUUGGCCGGUUGACGAAAACCGCAGUCCGGCGACCAAUAUCGUAACGGUCGUGGGUGCCGAAAAGCUAGAAAACGGCAAACACGACACCGUAUGGAAGACCGAAGAAUUUUACGUUUCGGGAAAAGACGACGGCGCCAACGCGUUCGAAAAGCCUGCCCCGCCGACGGCAGUAAAUAAAACUAUUGAUACUUUGGGUGAAGCCGGAGGGGGGGAAGAUGGCGAUGAGCUCGAAUUGCACGCACGCACGGACGAUGACGACGACGACAUGCCAUUACAAUCCGACGAACGAAAUUAUGAGCAGUUGACACAAAACCAUCAAAUAAUAGAAUCCAGCCGUACCGUUUCGAAUCAGUCGCCGAAACCCGACGACACGGAAUCGGUGCUGGUGGGUCGACAAAACGAUUUGGGACCAAUCGAAAGCGAUAAUACGCACGCAAACGUUGUCGAGCCUAUUGCAGCUGAGCACCACGGCACGACAAACGCCGAAACCACUUCUAUAGAACAACACCGAUCAAUCGUGAACAACCUUCUCACCGUCCCAUUGGAUCGACAUCCGCAGUCGGACGAGGAUACGGCCGCGGCAGAGAUCAUGGCGUCGCGGCGUCGUAACGAGAUGCAACGUUCCGAGUCGUCCGGAAGACGAGCGGCUGCGGGUGCAGUGGAGAAGAAUCAUCGCGGGGGCCAACGUGAAAACGGACAAACUGUGCAAUCGAACGCCAACAAGCGCAACAUGCCCAACAGACUCGACGAUAAUAUGAGUCGCAAACGGGACGACAGUCGGGACGCCGAUCCUCGUCACCCUGGCAAUCGUCUGCUACAAGGGUCGUCGUCAGGCGCGACCCCCAUACAGCACUUGAACGCGGUCGAUCGCGGAUCUGCGGCGGCGAAUGCGACAGAGACGACUGCUGUGCCUCGGAACGCAGUGAACGACCACCCGCAACACAGCUACGAACCGUUCGGAAAGCGAACGAACGGACCUCAAGAUGGCGGCAGACGUUGUGUCCGUGAGCAGGAUGUAACGAACGACUGUCGGGGACGCGCGAACGUAGACGCAAAAAAAAACGAGGCUGGGAGGUCUGAAGUAUAUGGCACCGAAGGCCAUGACCGCGACGGCGGGCACUCGUACGGCGCCGGAAAGAAUCGCCAUCAGGAAUCUAAACGGAGAUUGGAGUCUGUGGAUGAGGCGACGGAGACUUCGAAGCAACAGCAGCAGCAGGAGUCGAACUACGUGGGUGGGUGUCUGUUCGGCGACUCUUUCAACCGUAGCAAGAAACCUCCGCAAAGGUAUGGAGAACACGCCGAGUACGGUCGCAGAUACUACGACAACGACCCGAAAAAAGUCAACUUCUUGUCGAAACCCGAUUAUCGGUACGAUUACUAUCGCAACAAGCACGUGCCAAAAACAGGUGGUCACAGCCCCAGGGACGAGGACUGCACAGUAUUCGCGGACCGCGAGUCCCAUCAAGACUCGACGGCGCAGCUUCCUUACUACUCGCACCUGGAUUGCAAACGUACGUACGGAGGCGGUGGUGAUAAGAAAUGUACCGCAGACAUCACCGACGAUGAUGAUGAUGACGAUGACGACGACGACGAGAGUCUCACCGACAGCCUGGAAGAUGGGUGCAAGUACGAGGGAACGGCCGUGUCAUAUUUCUUGGCACUUGACGGCCAAAAGUCGGCGGUCACGUUCACUCUGAAGAUGCCCGGUACGCUAGAAAGUCGACUUAACCGGCGGCAGAGUCUGCUCAAGAAGCACCUGCACGUGUCGACGACGGUUCGGAAGUCGGCAGCGGCGGUACGGGUCCGUUCCCGUCACAAGGGGUGCCAGACGCUCUGGACUGUCGAGAAGGGGGUGCAGGUGCAACGGGGCUCCACGGCCAACAUAGAAGACCGCAGGGCGCUAGAGACGCUGCUGGCCGGUCUGGGGCGCAACCACGUGUCAGAGAACCAGAUCCGGUUGGUCGGUGGCCGGAAGAUGGUGUCAGAAGGCAACCAGACGGAACACCCUCCAGCGAACCGGUAUACCCAGACGACUAGGGAUGUGGCCACGGGACGGGAAACGCCAGAAUGCUGCGCGGCGGCCGGGAGACAGAGCAAAAACCAGAUGCUCGCAAUGAAAAAAUUUUCCGCUGACAACGCUCUGAUGGUGGGUGUGGUCAGGCAGAAAAAGUACUGCAAGGGAAAAGAAGCUUUGGACGGUGCCAAAAACGAUCAACUGCUCACACUGUCCAAGGGUUGGAUCAACUUUUACACGCUCAGAGCCGACAGUGCGGACGCGGAAGCACAAGAAUUUAACGAUAACGACGAUGAGGUCAAAGCCGAGGACGACAGCCAACAAUACACUGUACACGUGCAAGCCAUCCCCGAACCUGCCGUGACAUUGCCUGUAGUACACGUUCCUCAUCGCAAUAAUAAUCUGCAAUUGCCGAAGACGUCUAGCACUACGACCAAACAUUUACCGAAACUCGUGCAGACAGAGACCAAUAACAAUCAUAAUUGUCCAACGCAUUUAGCAGCAGCAAAUGGUUGGUGUGUAAGCGUAGAUGGUCCAAAUAACAUGCACAUGAAGGUUUCAUUACUACCGGAUAAGGCAGGCAUAAAAACAUCUGAACAUUUUGACCUGGAUGACGAAAAUAAACAAGAUGCCAGAAGAUUAGCUUUACAAAGGAAGACCAACUACAUGCGCAAACCUUAUAGAAAUAUGAAAAGAACACAAUCGACGCCUAGGGACAUGUUCUCUGCAGACGUUUCAAGAACAGAGUCUGCCUUGUCAGCCGAGAGCAAAUACAUCGAGACAAUUGACACGCAACUAUUAAUCCACAAGGCUCGAAGACGCUUAAGUCAAGAAUGGGACACAAGAAUUCAAAAUAGAGGUUUAACUGAAUCAGUUCAAUUAGUCGUUACAGGGGAUUCGGUUUCCAGUAGAACAUCUCAACAUUAUGCGACUAGAGGCCAUCAGCAUUGCUCAUUCAGACGACAAUCAAGAAGAAUUUAAUAUAACAUUUUUUAUAAAUUAAUUAUAAUAUUAAAUACUAUUUUAUACAAGUAGGUGAAU